CCCAGCUCUCUAGAACAAAGAGUUCUGGGUCCAAGGUGAGGAGGAGGCCAAUGGUGAGUGCGCAGGGGGUCUGGGCACUUCUGCUUUUGGAGGCCGUGGCUGCAGGAGUCUCUCUGCCACUCACCCCAGCCUGAUGAGAUCUCUGACCCUCACUCUUUAGGGAGUGGGCUCCAUAGGGAGUGAACUCUUAGGGUUCAGGCUUGUAAACUAAUUACCCUAGUGGGCAAAACAGAAUGGGGGAUAGAAAAUAUGUCUGUUUUUGUUAACACUCACUGCUAAACCUUAAGGUUUUUGGAACUCAUGCCUACUUUUUUUUUUUUUUAAGAUUUUAUUUAUUGAUUUGACAUAGAAAGAGAGAGAGAGCGAGAGCGAGUGCACAUAAGCAGAGGGAGAGGGAGAAGCAGGCUCUCUGUUGAGCAGGGAGCCUGGUGUGGGGCUCAAUCCCAGGACCCUAGGAGAAUGACCUGAGCUGAAGGCAGACGCUUAACUGACUGAGAUACCUGGGCACCCCUCAUGCCUACCUUCUGAGUUAUCCUCUUCUGGAAGUUUCCUUUUCUGUCCUGUCCCUCAGCCUGUCAGUAUGAGCCUCUCUCCCUGUCUCAACAGAGUCUGAGCCUCCGUCUCUGGUUUUCCCUUUGCUGUUCUCUACGCAGCUUUCCUCUCUCUGAUCCAAUGGCUCCAGUGUCCGUGAUGUGCUCCCUGCCCUGCGCCCCAAGCCCAGGCUUGGCUGGGCUCUUUCAGAAGAGGGGAGUCAGCCCAGACAGCAGUGUGGCAUAGGGAGAAAGGCAGAGGAGAGCCAAAGGGUGGGCGUCCGGGGUAGGAGGUGGGGAAGGGGAAGAGUAAGGGUAAGGGAAGAGCAGGGUAAGGGAAACAUGCAUGUGUGGAGAAAGGGGUGAGGAGGGAGGGCCCUUGGCUGAACAUGCAGGCUUGGCAUAGCCAUCCUGAGGGCUGGAAGGCCCCCACUCAGAAGGGGGCGCCAAGGAAUGUCGGUGUCCCCUUGAGACCCUGAAAGGUCCUCUCCCCAAACUGCCUCGGAUGGAGGGGUAAGCAGUGGAACUUCCUACCUUCUGUGAUACUAUCUGGAAGGCGGGGCAGGGGAUAACCCACGUGGUGUUUAUGGUGUCAAGGCGAUCUGUAAAUGAAUCCCGCUCCAAAGGUGAGGCAAGGUGGCCACUGAGCACCCCCCACAGGACCCCUCCAGCUCCCAACAGUAGGGAGCACCCACUCCCAACUCCCCCCAUCUCUCCCCACUUUAAACCUACUUCUGAGCCGUUGCUCAAAACUACAGUCAAGUCCAACACCUCAACGAUCCCAAUGGCCAAGCUUGUCCUCAAGGUCAAAACCACCCCACCCACCCUCAUUGUCUACACGAGCACCACAAAGGGCAUCAACCCCCACCCCCACCAGCCUUAACAUCACUACCACUUAGCCCACCCCCUGCACGACCCUGACCACCACGGAGAGACUCACCUCAGCCAUGACCUCCCCUCCCGCCGCUACCACCAGCACUGUGGGGGAAAACUCACCCAACCAUGGCCCUCCUCUCUUCUCUGUCUCAGCCCCCCACACAACCUCCAUCCCCCGACAUCCUCUACAACUGGUAUCACAGAAAGGCCUCGCCUGACCCCAAGCAAGCAGUCACACACCCAGGCCUCUUAGCCCAGUAAUCACUUCCGCCUCUAUUACCCUUUCUUUAACUGCCACGAACAUCUCAGCAACCGUAACCAAUAACAACUCUUCGCCCGUCACCAAUUUCUCGAUCACAACCACAGCUUCGUUUCCUCCCACCGCCAGUACAUUCAAAACAGCAACCGCCCCCACUCACGAUCCCACAUCAACAAAUACAUUAGCAACACCUACAACACGAAGUACAUCUGCUCCUACUGAAGCCACGGCCAUGCUCAGUGCACCAACAAUUACUUUGAAAACAACGAGUUCGAUGAAAACAAAGCUUAUUCUGGGGAAUGACAGCCCUAGAGAAACUCUCACAGCAGGAAUUACUUCGAUUUCUCCAACCCCAUCAUCCAUCACUCCAACAAACACAAUGGUCUCCGCCACAUCUGCUGCCUCCGAAACCACUCUGGAAUCCACCACCACCAAUAUUUACACAACUUUCACAGCCACAGAACCACACUCCUUCACGGCAGCUGCUACCUGCCCAGGCAAGAUGGCUGUCACCCCUUCUCAUGCCAUACCCGGAAAACUACACUUAGUCCUCAAAAGACAUUUCCCCAGUGUCUCUCAUGACAGAGAUGACUUCUCCUCCCACAAUUACAUCCUUAACUAUGCCUGGGAACACAGUCAAUUCUCCAACACCAGCCUCUUCUCUGCCAGUUACCACAAUACCUUGACAUUGGCGAUGAGGAUGCGUCCGUCUUCUCCACCUGCCCCAAACACAGAAUCAGUCUCCACUUGGAGCACAAACACUACCCCUACAUCCACCUUGAUUACUACACUCCCUACAACCUAUGACACAUCCACCCCUAUAUCUCCCACGAGUCCUGGCACCAUGGCCACCACUGAAAUCACCACUCCCCCCAACGUUUCAACCACUGUCACCUUGAACACAGCCUCUCUGCCCCCUUCCUCCACUCCAGAAACUACCACCAUGAUUGUGGUAACAACACCCAUGCCCACAAUGCCACACAGUAGAAGAAGAAGAAGA